AUGGCCGAUACAGGAGGAAGGGACUGGCCAUCAAAUCGGGGACGUGGCACCCUUCCACGAAGUCGCCCUACAUUUUCCGCACGGACAGCCACCGAUGACGCUGCUCAACUCAUGAGAAGGUCUUCGUUUCCUACUCUAUCAAACACUCAAGAACGUCCAUCUACAGCUCAGGGCAACCCCAGCCCUGCUCAAACUCCCUCAAGGCCGACCACGGCACGUUCCGCGGCUUCAAGCCCCUUCUUGACCCGAACCGAAACCGUCUCCACUACAGGUGGUUAUGGAACCUUCGAUGGCCUCAUUGAUGACCAAACCACCACCCAGGGCUCUGUUCUGGACCAAGUCGUCACCCAGCAGGACCUUUCCAAUGGCGCCGAAUCGGCUGAGAAGGCCGCCUCGCGCAAGAUAGGGUCGUUGCCGCGACCUGUGGGUGGUACGGACAAGCUGGGCACUUUCUCCGGAGUGUUUGUGCCCACCAGUCUCAAUGUGCUGAGUAUCCUCAUGUUCAUCCGGUUCGGUUUCAUACUCGGCCAGAGUGGAGUCCUUGGUAUGCUAGCAAUGUUGAUUAUUGCUUAUGCUAUCAACCUUCUCACCACCAUGUCCAUCUCUGCUGUCGCCUCUAAUGGCACGGUCCGGGGUGGAGGGGCCUAUUACCUGAUAGCCAGGUCUCUCGGUCCCGAGUUCGGUGGCGCCAUAGGGCUAGUCUCCUACGCUGGCUUUGUGUUCAACACGGGUAUGAAUGCAGUCGGUCUGAUAGACUGUCUUAUCUACAAUUUCGGGUCCAACUCUGGUGAGUGGGCAAACACUCUACCGGAGGGAGGUUGGUGGCAGUUCCUCUGGAGUUCAGUCGUGCUCGUGGUUUGUCUGGCUAUCUGUCUUGGUGGCAGUGCUAUCUUUGCCCGUGCAAGCAACCUUUUACUGUUCGUGCUUCUUCUGGCCACCUUCAGCAUACCUUUCUCGGCGAUCAUUGUCUCUCCUUUCCAGGCGGACAAACACUUCACCCGCUUCACCGGUUUCAGCAUCAAAACACUGAGAGAAAACCUUAUGCCUCAUUUCACCCGGGGAGCCUCAGGAAGUCAACUUCGAGGCAAAGAAAACUAUCAGGACCUCUUUGGAAUUCUGUUUCCCGCCACGGGCGGCAUAUUGGCUGGCGCAAGCAUGUCCGGCGACUUGAAGAACCCUAGUGAAUCCAUCCCUAGGGGUACAUUGGGUGGCCUUGCUCUAACAUUCAUCUCGUAUUCCGUGGUCAUUCUGGGCAUGGCUGCCAGUAUCACCCGGGAAUCGUUUUACAAGAAUGUCAACGUCGUGCAAGACACAAAUGUGUCGGGCAUUUUGAUCCUGGUUGGAGAGAUCGCUACGACGUUCUUCUCCGUACUCAUGGGUAUCAUCGGACCAGCCAAGCAACUGCAAGCGAUAGCACGCGACAAGGUGAUCCCUGGUCUCUCCGUCUUUGGUCAAGGUACUGAGAAGAGUGACGAUCCCAUCUACGCCCUUCUCUGCACUUUUGCUGUGGCUCAGCUGACCUUGCUGCUCGAUAUCAAUCGAAUCGCUUCCCUCAUCACCAUGACAUAUCUGAUGACAUUCUUCGCUCUAAACGUCGCAACGUUCUUGCUGAGGAUCGGUUCUGCGCCAAAUUUUCGCCCUUCCUUUCAUUAUUUCAAUUGGUGGACUGCAGCGGCGGGUGCUUUGCUGAGCAUCGCGAGCAUGUUUUUCGUUGACGGGAUCGCGGCGUCAGGCUCAGUAUGUAUCCUUUUGAUCCUCAUUGUGGGAAUCCAUUACACCACACCGCCGAAGCCUUGGGGUUCAAUCUCAGAGGUGCUCAUCUAUCACCAAGUCAGGAAAUAUCUUCUGCGCCUCAGGACCGAGCAUGUCAAAUUUUGGCGGCCUCAGAUCCUUCUUUUCGUCAAUGACCCAAGACGAGGCUACAAGUUGAUCCAAUUCUGCAAUUCUCUCAAGAAAGGGGCCUUAUUCAUCAUUGGACAUGUCAUUGUCACGCAAAACUUUGGUGAUUCUGUACCUGAAGCUCGCCGCCAACAAGCCGCGUGGAACAAGUUUAUCGACGUCUCCAGGAUCAAAGCUUUCGUUAAUGUCGCCAUAUCCCCGUCCAUAGAAUGGGGAGCAAGAAAUAUCUUUCUGUCUGCAGGCUUGGGAGGCAUGAGACCGAAUAUUGUUGUGUUCGGAUUCUAUAAUCUUCAGCAAUUUCGAAAUGAACAACCUCUCGUGGACGUGCCUAGUCCUCCUCCAGAGCGAAAACACGGGUCCGUCAAGAAACGACGUUCCAGCAGAAACAUAUUGAAAAGAGAACUCCCCACGGAUUCCUGCUAUAUCGAGAAACGUACAGACGUCCAGAGCUAUGUCAUGGUGCUGGAGGACAUGAUUCUCAAGCUGAAAACCAACGUGGCCAUCGCCGCCGGAUUCGCUGAUUUGGAGCUACCGAAAGAAGUCGAGGAAGUGACUAAGAAAUACAUCGACCUAUGGCCAAUACAGAUGUCAGCGGAGAUCACUUCGGAUGAGGAGGGUCAAUCUCGCAACCUUCUCACGACCAACUUCGACACGUACACCCUGAUCCUUCAACUGGGCUGUAUUCUCAAUACUGUGCCUUCAUGGAAGCGGGUGUACAAGCUCCGAGUUGCAGUCUUUGUGGAGUAUGAAUCCGACGUAGAAGACGAGCGGGUCCGAGUGACUUCCCUCCUCGGAAACUUACGAAUUGAAGCCCAAGUGCUGGUUUUUUGGCUUGCUUGUGGCGCUAUCAAAUCUUACAACUUUGUCGUCAAUGGUGAAGAAGUGGAGCAGGAAGUUCAGGACGAGGUCAAUAAAGUCUUGGAAGAUGAGGUAUGGUGGCAGGAGCUUCAGGUACUCCGUGGUCAAGCACGCUCAGGAGACGUCAGUGCCGUUGAAGCGCUAACCAUGGCGGAUGAUAUCGUUUGGCCCAGCCCGUCCUUCAAUGGCAGGAGAGAAGCUUCCGUGGUCCGACUUGAGGGCCUAAAAAAGUUCCUGGCUCGUCCUAGGAAAAGGUCUUCUCUUGGAAAUCUGUCAAAUCUUGGAGUUAGUCUCUCCAUGAGGACAUCUCGCCUAGAUGACGACAUGCUCAGUCGACACGCAUCUCACCCUAGCGACUCCGAAAUGUCCCAGUCGGACGAAGAUGAAAGCGAUGAGGACGGAGACUCAGCAAUCAGUCGGUCAGAAGACGAGGCAGAAGAUGAAGAAUUAUCUCCGAUGGGGCUCAGAUCUCCAAAGAAACCCAAAAUGUCUUCAAAGAAAAGCAGCCUGGCCAGUUCCAAGAAACGCAGGCGGAGGAAGAAAAACGUUGAAUCCGAGGAAGAAGGGCCGUCGAGCAUGCAUACCGCAUUCCAGGACUUUGGGGAAAGCGAUCAUCGAGGCCGUACCGACAGCAUUCUCAGCAGGGGCGAUAAUUCGCUGGAUACUGUGUCACCACGUAGCAGCUUGCAGCUUGGGAGUUCGAGACGAGGCACUUCACCAAAUUUUACGUCAACCCCUGUUCCCUUGACAAAGGUUGCGAGCGAGGAAGGGGCUGGCCCUUCCAUCAUGUUUGCCGAUACUCCGCGUCCUCCUCGCCCGAAGGUUGUUGAGGAGGCCCCGACGAACGGUCGGUCCAUCUAUCAGCGAACAAGGGAGACUAGUAUUCGCCCCAAACCUACUUCCGGCUAUCCUGCUGCAGCGUCGAUUCCAUUGUCUUUUAAUGACCUUCCAAGCCGAGCACAACAUCUCAUCCUGAACGAGCUGAUCUCUCAGAACAGCGAAGACACGGCAGUCAUCUUCACAACAUUGCCUGCUCCGGUUGAAGCGACCUACAAGAGCGAGACUGAUAGCUUGGGGUACGUCAGUGAUUUGGAGGUUUUGGUUGGUGGACUGCCGCCAACUUUGCUUGUGCAUAGUAACAGCAUGACUGUUACCACAAAUCUAUAAGUGCAUUGGACUGUCGAUUGCCGAUUGGCUCCAAAACAGACCAAGCAUUCCUGUCCUCUCUCUUCACGGACAUACUUUUCUUGUAGUACAUAUGCGAUUUAAUCUUCAAUACCAUUUCAUCCCGGACGACAUACAGCUUCCAAGCUGGUUCGACUGAAAAGUCGCCCGUGUUACGCCCAACGCCUGUUGCCAUGCUGUCGAACAUUCCGGAUAGUCCGGACCCUAGGCCGGCCGUUGAUUACCUGUGUCCGCUGUUGCGAUAUAUCAAUCGUGACCCGUAGCACCUCAUGAUCUCUAAAACCUUUCGACCUUGUUGAGCUUCCGUGCAUUCUUUAUCUGGCUUCUCGUGUUUUGUCCUCGGACCGGUAAGUUC